GCAGUCUCUUUCCCCGGCCACAAACAACCGUGAGUGUCUAACUCACUGUUCUUGAAAAACUUAUAUAAAAAUAAUAUAAAAAAUAUAAAAUCCAGAAAAUCUUCAUAAAAACAAGUACCGUACUACUGAAAGAAAUACAAACGCUUUUAUAAAACAAAAAAAAUCGCAAAAUAUUAAUUUAUAAAAAAUAAGAACAGGAGGCCUCGGGCUUAUCCCGAAGUUGGCGUCUUUUAGAGGAAGAAAUACUUGAAGACCUGGGUUUAUAAGAUUUUUUUUCUCAGGUUUGAUAAUUUUUCGGUAAGCUGUGGAAAGUACUCCGGCCACAGCCAGCUGUCUGUCCACGGUGCGUGUCUUCAUUAGGUGAGAAGCGACGCGCAGUUUGGACACGGAUCACACUUUAUAUCGGCUUUUUUUCCUUUUUAUUGUGAGGGAAGAUUUGCGUUCAUUUAUUUUGUGAAGUCCAAGAUAUGAACACAGCGACGGGGAGUUAUCCGAUGGCUUCUCUUUACGUUGGCGACCUGCACCCCGACAUCACGGAGGCUAUGCUGUACGAGAAAUUCAGCCCCGCCGGACCGGUGCUCUCCAUUCGGGUAUGCAGGGACAUGAUCACCCGCCGAUCUCUGGGAUACGCAUAUGUCAACUUCUCCCAACCUGCUGACGCCGAGAGAGCCCUGGAUACCAUGAACUUCGACGUGGUGAAAGGGAAGCCAAUCAGAAUCAUGUGGUCCCAAAGAGACCCCUCCCUCAGGAAGUCUGGAGUGGGCAACGUGUUCAUCAAGAACCUUGAUAAGUCCAUCGAUAACAAAGCCCUUUAUGACACCUUCUCCGCCUUUGGAAACAUCCUCUCCUGCAAGGUGGUUUGCGAUGAAAACGGCUCCAAAGGUUACGCAUUUGUCCACUUUGAGACGCAGGAUGCAGCCGAUCGUGCCAUUGAAAAGAUGAACGGCAUGCUUCUGAAUGACCGCAAGGUGUUUGUCGGGCGUUUCAAAUCUCGCAAAGAGCGGGAGGCUGAGCUCGGUGCUAAAGCCAAAGAGUUUACCAAUGUCUACAUCAAGAACUUUGGUGACGAUAUGGACGAUGAGCGACUGAAGGAGCUUUUUGACAAAUAUGGAAAAACACUCAGCGUGAAGGUGAUGACAGACCCCACCGGCAAAUCCAGAGGCUUUGGAUUCGUCAGUUAUGAGAAGCACGAGGAUGCUAACAAGGCUGUAGAGGACAUGAACGGCACCGAACUCAAUGGCAAAACUGUGUUUGUGGGCCGAGCUCAGAAGAAGAUGGAGAGGCAGGCAGAGCUGAAGAGGAAGUUUGAGCUACUGAAGCAAGAAAGGAUCAGCCGUUAUCAGGGAGUUAACCUUUACAUUAAAAACCUGGAUGACACCAUAGAUGAUGAGAAACUACGUAAGGAGUUCUCUCCAUUUGGAUCCAUUACAAGUGCUAAGGUUAUGCUUGAAGAGGGUCGCUCCAAGGGCUUUGGUUUUGUCUGCUUCUCCUCCCCUGAGGAGGCCACUAAAGCUGUGACGGAGAUGAACGGACGUAUUGUUGGCUCCAAACCCCUCUAUGUGGCUCUGGCUCAGCGUAAAGAAGAGCGCAAAGCCCAUCUCACCAACCAGUACAUGCAGCGCAUCGCUGGCAUGAGGGCCAUGCCAGCAAAUGCCAUCAUUAAUCAGUUCCAGCCCACUAGUGGCUACUUCAUGCCAGCUGUGCCACAGGCCCAGAAUAGGACUACGUACUAUGCACCCAAUCAGCUGGCCCAAAUGAGACCCAAUCCUCGGUGGCAGCAACAAGGAGGAAGAGGUCAAGGUGGUUUCCAGGGCAUCCCAGGCUCAUUGCGUCAGCCAGGUCCUCGGGCCAACCUCAGACACAUGACUCCUAGCGGUGGAGCACAAGGCCCACGAGCUUCUGGUCAGAACAUGGCUCCUCGUCCCUCAAUGGGAGUCCCCGGUCCCAGAGCCAUGCCUCCUUACAAAUACGCCAGCGGUGUCCGCAACCCCAACCCACAGGUGGUUCAACCUAUUGCCUUACAGCAGUCUCAGCCAGCUGUGCACGUUCAGGGCCAGGAGCCUCUCACAGCCUCCAUGCUGGCUGCUGCACCUCCACAGGAGCAAAAGCAGAUGCUAGGGGAGCGUCUGUUUCCUCUGAUUCAGGCCAUGCAUGCCAACCUGGCAGGUAAAAUCACUGGCAUGCUGCUGGAGAUUGACAACUCUGAGUUACUACACAUGCUGGAGUCCCAUGAAUCUCUGCGUUCAAAGGUGGAAGAAGCUGUUGCAGUGCUGCAGGCCCACCAGGCUAAGAAAGAUGCCACACAGAAAGUGGGUGGUAUGGCUACCACUACUGCUGCAGCCACAUCCUGAAGACUGCCGCUGUCACAGUUAAAUGAGCAGAGACGGAGAGAACACUACACUGAAUCCAAAAAACCUGAGUCCUCUAAUGAUAAAACAAAAAUCAAGAAAAAAAAAAACUGAAAAUGAACAUUUUAAAAUAUACUUGAACAUUUUGAAAAAAAAAAAAUUACAGUUCAUAAUUUUCUAGUUCUGUAAUACUUGUAAACUGCAAAAAGCAAUAAUGCAAAUGAAUCUUGAAUGAAGGCCCUUCAUUUUGUGGUGAAGGAGAGAAGCCCUUUUUUAGGAAAAUGAGCCUUGUUCUUUUUCUUUGCUUGGAAGUUUCAUGUUUGAUUUGAAAUGAUGAAAUCCUCCAUCCCAUCAUGUUAUCAUGGGUGUGGUAUUCUAAAUAAAGGGAUGAAAUAUAAA